AUGGUCUCGCAGCCCGACACGUCCAAUUCGCUCACUAUUCGAGGCUCGUCCUCGGUCGUCUCCCGCCCGUCAUCGUCAUCCCGCACGAAGCGAUACAACCGUUCCCACGUCGGCGGCACUUCAUUCAUACCUCAAAACGAGUUCCCUGUGUUCACGCAAAGCGGCGACGUUGAGAUACUAGUUCGAGUCGCCGACCAUCAGAACCGCUACCUCCUGCAUCGCCACACUCUGACCCGUUGCUCUGGCUUCUUCGAGGCCAGCACAAGCCAAGAGUGGUCCCGCGCCCAGUCCUUGCCGGAACCCUCUUCGUCUUCGUCGUCCUCUACUACACGGCCCGGUCGCGGUCGCGAUGAUCAACUGACGGCAACACGAGCGCCCAGCUCGCCUGCACGCAAGAGAUGGUGUUAUGAGCUCGACCCCGGAGUUGGGGAUGGUGACAUUCCAAUGCUUGUCCAGAAACAUGAUGUCGCCGCCUCUACUCCCUCUCUCUUUGGCUCCGUCGGCUCCGAGCUGCCUGUUUCCUCUGGUCGCAACAGCGGCAGCAAGCCAUCCCGCCACGCGCACUCCUCGUCUGUGCAUUCCAGCCAUAGCUUCUUCCGCUCCGUCGCCAACCUCAGCCUUGUGCCCGCGCCCCCGGCUGGCCCCCCACUCUCGCAAGCCGACAUUGAUCUGCUUCGCGACUACGACAAUCUUUUCCGCAUAUUCUACAACUACCAUCCGCAGCUCGACGGCGUCAACAUUGCCGAUGCCUACGUGCAGUGUAAGUCCCUACUCAGUCUCGCCGACCAAUACGACGCGCUGGCUGUUGUCGGGCCCAGAGUCGACCAUCACCUACUCCAGUUUCAGUCAAGACUCUGGAAACAGAUAGCCAAAUAUCCCAUUUCCUACCUGAGGCUUGGCUAUCUUGCUCGCAGCAGGGUCAUUUUUCAGGAAGCUCUGAUACAUGUUGUUGGCCAGUGGCCUGCCGGUGAAAGGAGUCUGCGUGCCGCGCUUCCAGAUGGCGUCCUCGACAUCAUCGAAGACAAGGUCGACGAGCUUGAGGAGAUGGUCACCCGUGUUGAGAGCCGCCUUUUCCGCCUGAGCUUGUUCACGGCGCGGGGUGACCGGGUAACACCCAGCACGGCCUACCUCGACUGGCUGGCUCUCAGUCUCUUCCGACAAUGGCUCGCGGAGAACACUGGCUCCUCAGCACCCGACCACUACACUUCGUCAUCGCGAACCGGCCGUCAAAACGAGCUUCAAGUAGGCCCACUUCACCCCCAGGCGCCACCUAUGGCCGCAGCAGGAAGGGCUUUCCGCAUGUUGGGGUCACCCGCCGCUUCACUUUAUUUAAGUCAUGACGAUUGCAAGCGAUUCUUGAAGCUCACACCCGAGUUGUAUAGUCGGGAUAAUCUGCGACGUUUCGAGAAACGAAUUGACGAGGUCAAGUCCAUGGCGCGUGAGAUUGUGCGCCCCUUGAUGAGUAGCCGCCUGGAGCUGGAACUCGGCGGCGGAAGGUCGACAGAUGCCAUCACUUACCUGACAUGUGUCACGGUUAGUGACCGGGACCUUCCGUGGCGAUACGAGUCAUGA